GGUUGCUAGGUUUGUUGUUUCCGCUAUACGUAAUCACAUGUUUUCAUCGCGUCUUGGAAAGCUGUGUGUUUAAUUAGCGGAAUUCAAGCACAACGCACUUGGAUACACACGGGUCAACGAUGGCGUCUGACUCCCCGCGCAGACCGAGCCGCUGUGCUGGAGGGGUUGUAGUUCGAGCCCAGGCUGCUACGGAGCAGUCUUACAUGGAAAGUGUAGUGACUUUUUUGCAAGAUGUGGUUCCUCAGGCCUACACUGGGACACCGCCAACAGAUGAAAAAGAAAAGAUCAUUUGGGUUCGUUUUGAAAAAGCAGAUAUCAAUGAUGUGGCCCGCUCACCAGAGUUCCUGGAGAUGCAUGGCAGCGGUGUGGACCCACCUCUUUGUCUGAUGAUUGGCUAUGCAGAUGGAAUGCAAAUCUGGAGUGUAUCACUGACUGGAGAAGCUCAGGAGCUCUUCUCUGUGCGGCACGGUCCAGUGCGAGUUGCUCGUAUCCUUCCAGCCCCUCAUAUCAGUCCCCUGAACACUGACAGCUUUGCAGAGAAGAGGCCCCUCCUCGGUGUUUGCAAGAGCACAGGCUCCUCGGGGACCAGCCCUCCGUACUGCUGUGUGGACCUGUAUUCUCUAAGGACCGGAGAGAUGGUCAAGUCAAUUCAGUUUAAAACGCCCAUUUAUGAUCUACACUGCAACAAAAGGAUUCUUGUCGUCAGUCUUCAAGAAAAGAUUGCUGCCUUUGACAGCUGCACUUUUACAAAAAAAUUCUUUGUCACAAGCUGCUAUCCUUGUCCUGGUCCCAACCUCAACCCCAUAGCAUUAGGAAGCCGGUGGCUCGCCUACGCUGAGAACAAGCUGAUCCGGUGUCAUCAGUCCCGUGGCGGGGCAUGUGGAGAUAACUCCCAGUCCUACACUGCCACUGUCAUCAGCGCCGCAAAAACACUAAAGACGGGGCUGACGAUGGUGGGUAAAGUAGUCACUCAGCUUACAGGCACACUGCCCUCCGGAGCACCUGAUGAAGAGGGCGUGGCCCACAGCAGCACCCGCCGCAGCCCUCACCAACCCGGCGUAGUUACUGUCAUAGACACACACAGUGUGGGAGAGGGACAGGUACUUGUGAGUGAAGACUCUGAUGGAGAGGGAGUGGUCGCUCAUUUUCCAGCUCAUGAUAAACCCAUAUCCUGUAUGGCAUUCAACCCGAGUGGUAUGUUGCUGGUGACUGCUGACACAUUAGGACAUGAUUUUCACGUGUUUCAAAUCCUCACUCACCCAUGGGCAUCGUCACAGAGUGCAGUUCAUCACCUGUACACCCUGCACAGAGGGGAAACUGAGGCUAAGGUGCAGGACAUCUGCUUCAGUCCUGACUGCCGUUGGGUGGUGGUCAGCACGCUGCGUGGCACCUCACACGUCUUCCCCAUUAACCCGUACGGUGGCGCACCGUGUGCCCGCACACACCUGUCCCCACGUGUAGUGAACCGCGUGAGCCGCUUUCAGAAGAGCGCCGGCCUCGAGGAGAUCGAGCAGGAGCUGAACAGCAAGCAGGGUGGCCGGUGCAGCCCCAUCGCCGGUCUCUCCAGCAGCCCGUCCGGCUCCCCUCUACACGCCAAACAUACCAACCAAGAGUCCUAUAACAACCUCACCAACAACAACAUGGGGAAUCCACGGCUGUCUCCUCUGCCAAGCCUGACGGUGCUGCUGCCGCUGGCUCAGAUUAAACAGCCCAUGACUCUGGGCACCAUCACCAAGCGCACAGGACCCUACCUCUUUGGGGCAGGAUGUUUUUCCAUUAAAACUCCAUGUAAAGCCAAGCCACCGCCCCAGAUCUCUCCUAGCAAGUCUAUUGGAGGGGAGUUCUGUGUAGCUGCCGUGUUUGCAUCCUCACGCUCUUGGUUCAUCACCAACCCUAACAUGAAGAGAGAAAAAGAUCAGUCUCGCCAGGCUGUGGUUGACUCUCUCUAUAUCGCAAGCUGCUAUGGUAGUCUGGUUGAGCAUGUGCUGGAGCCUCGGCCCAUCAGCACAGCACAGAAGAUAGGUGAUGACACACCUCUGGAGUUAAACACCUGCCCCAGGGCAUGCUGGACUCUGGCCAGAACACCGCAGUGGAAUGAGCUGCAACCUCCUUUCAGCAGCAGCCACCCCUUGGUGCAGGCCUCAGACUUGGUGCAGUACUAUCAGUACCUCCUGGCUGGCUCGUUGCCUCCAGGAAGCCCGGGGCCCAUCACCAGGCAGGGUUCCUAUGACAGCCUGGCCUCAGACCACAGCAGCCAGGAGGAUGAGGAGUGGCUUUCUCAGGUGGAGAUAGUGACCCACACUGGCCCUCACAGGCGGUUGUGGAUGGGUCCUCAGUUCCAGUUUAAGACCAUUCACCCAUCAGGCCAGACUACGGUCAUCUCCUCCAGCUCGUCUGUGCUGCAGUCUCAAGGGCCCAGUGAUUCCCAGCAGCCCCUGCUCGACUUUGAUACUGAUGACCUGGAACUACACAGUCUCAGGAUCCAGCCUGUGCGCUCUGAGCCCAUGACCAUGCCCGGCUCCUCUUGUCUGAUUCCAGAGCGUGUAGGCCAGGCUACAGGCAUCGAUGCCGGCUCAGAAAAGGACUCUUUGCGGAUAAGCUCCAGUGGCACAUUUGACCACAGUGUGACCCUGCUGGAGGUGUGUGGCAGCUGGCCCGAGAGUUUUGGCUUGCGUCACAUGUCCUCUGUGGAAGCCACAGACGAGGGCUUGAGGGAGAGGCUUGCUGAAGCCAUGUCUGAGUCACCCAGCAGAGACAUUGUAGGCUCUGGAACAGCGGAACUGCAGAGAGAAGGCAGUAUCGAGACGCUGAGUAACAGCUCGGGCUCCACAAGUGGCAGCAUUCCUCGUAACUUUGAAGGUUACCGCUCUCCUCUGCCCACCAACGAGAGCCAGCCACUCAGCCUUUACCCCACAGCUUUCCCCUAGAGAAACGUCUCCUCUGUGACAAGUCCCACCUUUCUAUCCCAUCACAGGGAUCUGCUUCCCUUUUUCCGUCCGGAUGGAUGUUGUUGUGUGCAAUGUUGACUUCUCCUUCCACCCAACCAACCGUCGAGCGAAGAGCAGUGAAAAUCCUUUCAAAUCAGGGUGGAAACGCAGAUGAGACCUGCAUGCAGGCUUUCAAUUAAUGUGCCACUUGAUUCUUACUUGUGUAACAAACAUGUCUUAUGUGGAGAAAGAAAGAGAGAGAAGAAAGUUUAGCUCCUGCAUAUUGUGUAAAGGCUUUCACAGCUGCCAUUUUGUCCUUCUCUCAAAUACAUUGAUACGUUGAUUAGUUCAAAAAUGUCUUGUGUGCAGUAGAGACAUGUUCAUGCCAAUAUAUCACAGGGCAUUGGUGUGUAUUCAAGCCAUAACUUCAUGUAUGUGUUUGUUAUUCAACAUGUGGUAUGUGUCUUGAUUCCCUCUCAGUCAAAGCUUUGGACACAUUAGAUUGAAUAUGUAUUUUCCUUUGGCGAAAGGACAUUUUAAUAAAGGCUUUUAGUUGAAAUUUAUUUCUAUGGCAAAGUUAAAUAGUGAAGUUAAAGCCCAUGUAUACAUGUAUUUCUGAAUCAAGGUGUAAUUUUAAUAAGUAUUUUUGAUUUUGUGUUAUUUUUAAUGAAAUAGUUUCCCCAAAAACACAGUUUACUUUUAGAACAAAUGCUCAGCCUGUUGGGAAAUUUGAAAAAAAAAGCCUCAUGGAUGUAGCUCCUUCAUGAAGAUACCAGGAGUGUGCAAAGCUUCAUCGGAAAUAUACAAGUUCAGAAUUUCAUGUGUAAAAUAGUGGAAUCUUCGAACACGUUUCCCGCUCACUGUAUAAUUCCAUACGUGUUAUUUUACUGUGUUGUUAUCUGCAUUAUUAGUCGUAGAAAACAGUAAACGUGUCGAAAAGAUGUGUCCAAGUGUUUGACUGCUAGUGUGCAUUUAAGGGGGAGAUCAGGACACACUGCUUUUUAUGCAAACGUUCUUUGACCUGUUGCUGAAUUUUAAUUUUGCCGUUGUAUUACGUCCGAUUCUAUUUCCGUUAAAUGUCCUUUUACGAUCGUACAAAAUCAUACAAAAACAUUACAUUUAUAUCUCAAGACAAAAAGUAUUUUCAAUCUAUUUUAGUAUUUUAUAUAUAAUUACAUGAGGGGAAAGCAAAAUAACUCGACUUUUUUUCUUCUUAGAUUACUAUUAGUGAUUGCAAAUGUUGACUAAUACUGCUUAGUCAUGUUAUAAUUGUUAUAAUGUUACAAACAAUUUCUCUGUAUAUUUGAUUCUCUGUUCCAUUACGUCCGUGAAUGGAUUGGGGUUUGUUUUGAUUUGUUUUCACCUUUUGGACUAAAUUCCGUUCAUGUGAGUGGCUUUGUUAUGGCGUGUGCACUGUAUGUCCUAUGUUAGCCUUUUAAAUGGACUGAUUACUGCAGGGUUAAUUGUCUCCUAAUAAAUGAGCCCCUUAGUGUUUUUUUUUUCCUUUAUAAAUUUCUAGGAUUUGCUUUGUCAAACAUCUUUACUCAGCAUCUCUUUAGGUGUGUGAAGUCUUUGUGUACCGUCGUGUUUAGAGGGAGUUAAUAACUGCAUAGCAAACCUCUAUCUCUCUGAACAAACACAUAUGCAUGCACUCACAUAUCGCUUUACUUCUUUAUGACUUUUCUAAAGGAGCUAUUCACUUGAACUGAACUGCACUAGACAGAACAUGACAUGACAGGACAUAAAGAAACUCCAGUGAUAUUGAUGAAGGUUUUGCUGUAAUAGCUUUCAGCUCAGCUUGCGGCGUAACGAAAGCUGUUAUGGUUGGACUGGACAGCGUAGUGCACGCAGCAAGUCUGAGGUGCAUGUGAUAGGAAGGCAUUGCUGGCCUCACUCGCUGAAUGAUUUACAAAGGUCAAUAUUGGCAUGACUAUAUUGCCAUGAAUCCAUUGCACAUGCUUUUUGUGAACUGUAAUAUGCUUUUGAACGGCACUGGUUUAAUCCUGUCGAAUAUAAAUCCUUGCAAUUGAAAUGAUCUGUCAAAUGCACAUUGUUUUGUGUCUAUUUACUUUAAAGGAUGAACUGUUCGUUCUGACCAUGUAUGGUUAUGUGUCGAUACCAAGUACUGAACUGGGACAGAAUGUAGAGAGAAUAAAGAAAGAAAGCAUAGAGGCUAAGCUAGAAACUAUGUAAUCAUUUACAUUUCAGUUCAAUUGCUGUACUUCUAAAGCUGUACAACUUGUUCCAGUGUUCUCUUAAUUCCACAAACCUAAACAGGUGAACAAUUAUUUUAGCUUCUUUUACUUCUUUGUGUGUGUGUGUGUGUGUGUGUGUUUUAGUAUUAACUGACCGUUUAACAAAAAAAAAAAAAAAAAAAAAAAAUCUGCAUUCAGUUGUUAUGAGAUAUUUUAACACUCUAAUCAAGUUGCACUCCUUUGUGAUCUAAUUCUGUUUCAACAAUCAAGGGAGGAAUGAGGCAUGUUUUUUGACUUCUGCAUGGCAUCGAUUUACAGGAAUGUGUUCAAAUUACAAUAUUGUCAGUAAUGUUAUAGUCAGAAACAGCGUUUCUUUAGAACCUCACCUAAUAACCCUGCACGUACACACAAAACCAGUGACAACGCCGAUAAUUCUCCAUAAGAGUAAUCUUUAUUAUAAACACUCAUAAACACAAACAGCUGGUACAUACAGGCUGAAGAAGCUCACUAUGUACGGUCUCUUAUAUACUGUGAUAUAAUGAGUAAAUGAAAACAUUUUAAACAUGCUUGAGCCAUUUAAAAAAGUCAGAUAUUUUACGAACGUGUGUAAAGAAUUCCUAGAAAGGUGAUGAAGACGUACAAGAUGAAUUCUAAAUUAAGAAAAAAAAAAAUCUCAAUCUUAUCCUUAAAAAUCUUCAUGUUCAACUCCCUGCUUCGGUGAAUUAUAAGAUUCCAGAACCUUCUUGUAAACCCUCUACACCUGUACAUCAAUAAGGAGUCUGAGAUAUAUGACACAAGGGAACAAGUUGAAUCUUUCCUUUCUGCAGAUCUCCUGUUGUGCACUGAACAGAUGAGCAGCAGACAUGCAGGAACAAACCCACACACACACACACACACACACACACACACACACACGUACAAGCCUCUCUGUACGCCGUCUGCUAGCUGAGCUCACUGAUGGCUGAGAAGUUCCCUGGAAGUGAGUCCUACACUCCACACACACAGAAUCAUGUCGGGUCAGGUGUUGAGAGGUGGCAGGAUUUCUCUCUCCUCCUUUCCACUGGUCCACUGUCAUCUCUCUGUUUGGAAGAUACGUUUGGGUGACUACUAUAAACCAGAGUGGCAGCUUGAAAUUGUGUAGGGCUGAUAAGUAAGCUGAAACAUGGUUGGCAUUAAGCUGACCUUCAGAAGAAGAAGAGAAAAAAAAUCCACUUUUCCUGAAUCCGAGGGGUCUGGCACAGCCACUCAGUCUCAAUAUUUAAAAAAUGCUGAACAAGUGCAGAAUAAUAAGUAAUAAAUAAAUAAAUAAAUAAAUAAAUAAAUAAAUAAAUAAAUACUGCUUCAGGACGUUGUAUAACAGAACACUCAACAUUGAGUUCACUGUUUAGGAGACCAGUAAUAUAAAGCUAUUAUUGCAAAAUUAUUAUAUUACAAAUCUAUACAUGUAAACGUAUCGAUAAUAAGAAUCUUUUCGUGUGGCACAAAGCAGUCCAUUCUGUUUUGUGAGCUCAUGAAGAAGUUAUUAAUAAACUGUCGGUAAAACUAACGUGCAAAAAUGAAGCUUAGCACUUUCACUACAUUUCAAUUAAAUGGAGCUCAUGACGUGUUCAUUUACCGCAUUGUUUUAUAUAUAUAUAUAUUUGUUUAUAUAUAUAUAAUUGACAUAUUGUAAUUGAAUUUAAUUAACAUAUUUUGCAUAUAAGUCUCAUUCAUAUUUUAUACAGAAGUUACUCUUUAAAAAAAAAAAAAGUACUGCAACCUUAUUUUCCGUUUACUUUUGUUCAGAGCUCGAGGAGAGAAAUAAUAACUAGCUUUCUGCUUCAAUAAAUGCAGACCAGGCUGAUUAAAACGCUUCAUUACAUAAUUACGAAGUAACUGAAAUCACAAUUAAUACAUUUUUAAAUAAUGCUUACGUUACAUCUAUCGACUCGUGUAGCUUUUUCAUGAGUUAUUGUGCUAUUUGUUUCAGG